AUACCCUCUGUUUCUUUUCUCUACUCUCCUCACCCAAGUCUUUCUCUUUUCGAGUCCGUCUCAAGUCUCUCUUUCAACCGUUGUCGGUCAUUCACAAUCGUUUCCUGCGCCUACGCUGCAGCUUCGCUUCAAGUACACUUCUAGCAAUACCUCGCGGAAUCGAUUUUCGCUCAUUCACAGCAUUUGCAUCUUGCAAGCAUCCACUCAUUCAAACGACAACGAAAGUACAUACUCUUCCAGAGAUCAGAUCCGAUAAAGAGUCUAAAUAGACUAUCAUAACAUCCCGUGUUACGAGAUCAAAUCAUCAAUACCAUUCAAAAUGAAGUCCACCACCGUUGCUCUCGGCUUCCUUGCCGGCAUGGCCACCGCCUCAUACAACCACCCCCGCCACUUCCACGCUCCUCGUCCUUACUACCGCCGUGACAACGGUACCGAGCCCACUCAGACCACCCUGACCGUCAAGGUCACCCAGGUCCACACCAUCACCUCGUGCGCUCCUACCGUCACCAACUGCCCGGCUCGCAACGGCACUGCUAUCAGCGCCAACGAUGCCUACGCUACCAUCCCCGCCAGCGACCUGAUCACCUCCGAGGUCACCCAGGUUGUUGAGCUCACCACCACUGUUUGCCCCGUUGCCGAGGCCUCCAGCAUUGCAUCUUCCGUCUCUGCUGCCCACAGCUCCGGUCUCAUCACUGGUACCACCAAGGAUGUUACCGCUACCGCAACCUCUGACAACUCUGGUGCUACCGGAUCAGUCGUCACCAGCGCCUCCGUCGGUACCACCGAUGUUCCUCUGACCUACACGGUUGGUCCCGAGACUGCCAAGUCUGUCAUCACCACCACCGUCAAGAGCACCUACACUGCCCAGGUCACCGUCACCCUGACCAAGUCUGCUUCCACCGGCGCCAGCUCCAACUCUCCUCAGGGCACUACCACUGACUCUGAGGGUACCACCACCACCACCAGCACCUCCACUGGCACCCGCACCGUCACCAUCUCCAAGGCCAGCACCGCUACCGCCUCUGGCUACCCUGUCGCCACUGGAUCUGCCGGCGUUGAGGAGGUUACUGGCAACUCUGCUGCCACUGGUUCUGUCUCUGAGGGAAGCUGCGCCGAGGCCACCACUGUCACCGUCACUGCUCCUGCCAGCACCAUCUACGUCACCGUUGGUGCCUCCAGCGCUGCCCCCAGCGCUGCCUCUGCUACCGCCUCGUCCCCUGCCGCUGCCACUACUGGCUCCAGCAGCACUGGCUCUGACAACUCCGCCACUGGAUCUGAUGCCGGUGACGACGAGAGCUCCGACGACUCUUCCGACGCUGACGAGUGCGAUGCUGAUGAGGCUACCUCCACCGACGCCGGUGUUGUUUACGCUACUGCAACCGCCACUGUUGUUCCCUACCCCGUCGGUGGCGUUAACGGCACCUACCCCGUUCCCACUGGUGCUUACCGCCACAAGAACUAAGUUUCGGGCCAAGCUAUAGCCAUUAAGGGCUACGUAAAACGAAAAUCUAGUUCUUCUGUAUAAUGUUUGGGAAAUCUUAGUAUCUAAGCGCCGCGCGCGGCGGCAGAG